CCAGCUGGAGGGUCUAGACAGGGCAGCGCCCAAAGGAGCCCAUCAAGAGCGCCAGCAGCCGGGGAGCCGGUUGGGGACUGCGAGAGGACUCGUAUUUGGGCUCCAGGUGCCAGUACCAUGAGGCUGCUCCUCGCCCUGCUGCUUCUGGGCCUGGCGUUCUGCUCGGCCCCGCUGGACGACAACAAGAUCCCCAGCCUGUGCCGAGGCCACCCCGGCCUUCCAGGCACGCCAGGCCACCACGGAAGCCAGGGCCUGCCUGGACGCGACGGCCGCGAUGGCCGCGACGGUGCGCCUGGUGCUCCGGGAGAGAGAGGCGAGGGUGGGAGGCAGGGACUGCCCGGCCCGCGAGGGGAGCCCGGACUGCGAGGAGAGGCUGGCCCCGUGGGGGCGGCUGGACCUGCGGGGGAGUGCUCCGUGCCCCCGCGCUCCGCCUUCAGCGCCAAGCGCUCAGAGAGCCGGGUGCCACCGCUGGCAGACGCACCCCUGCCCUUUGACCGCGUACUGGUGAACGAGCAGGGACAUUACGACGCCGCCACCGGCAAGUUCACCUGCCAGGUGCCCGGGCUCUACUACUUUGCCGUACACGCCACCGUCUAUCGGGCCAGCCUGCAGUUCGAUCUGGUCAAGAACGGCGAGUCCAUCGCCUCAUUCUUCCAGUUUUUCGGGGGGUGGCCCAAGCCAGCCUCGCUCUCGGGGGGCGCCAUGGUGAGACUGGAGCCCGAGGACCAGGUGUGGGUGCAGGUGGGUGUGGGUGAUUAUAUUGGCAUCUAUGCAAGCAUCAAGACAGACAGCACCUUCUCUGGAUUUCUCGUCUACUCCGACUGGCACAACUCUCCAGUCUUCGCCUAGUGCUUGCUCCCUGGCUCCUAGAGGAGGGUCCACACUGACCCCACAUCCAGGAGGGCUGGCCCCUGGGACAUUGUGAACGACUAGAGAAGUGGAGCAGGAGGUCCCUCGGCCCUGCUGCCAGCAAGGAACGGAGACAGCAAGCAGCAUGAGGCUGUCUUUCUGCCCCAGACAGGAGCCUACUGUACUGGCAAGUGUGGGUCCCCGGCUGCUCAGGUCCAGAACUCCAAGGUGGGGUGCUCUCCUCCCAGUCUUCUGCUUCCUCUUCCAUCCCUCCUCUCCCAGGGCCAGCCCUUUACUCAAGAUUCCCUCAAUAAAUCUAAAAAACCCUCCUCCUCCUGGCUUCAGCCUUUC